AUGAUGCUAUGUUUUUUAUUCUUCUCCAGCCUAUCUCUUGCAUCACCACAAGCCCUAUGGACACCUAUUUAUGUUGAUAGCACAAGCCAAGUAGACUUAUGGACACAGAGUGCUGAGGGCUGUAAAUGUAGUUUUGACAGCAGGAGGGAAGAUUGUGCCUGCUGUGUUGAAGAGGGAGGCUGUCAUUGUGGAGAAACAGCACCUCAUCGCUGUGCCCAGUGUGGUAUCCAACAUCAUUGCACCAACAUGUGCAAUAUGACAAUAGAUGCAAGUGUAUUGGUAGCGAAAUCAGGAAAAACUUUUGGCCAAAUUAAGUCUCCAUCAAUGCAAGGACCUACUUCAUGCUGGUUUACAUUCAUACCUGAUAUCAAUCAUAGAAUUGAAAUACAAAUUUACAGAUUAAUAAGUAUUGGAAAAUUCAAUGGAACUGGGUGUGAAUAUGGUUUCGUACAACUAGUUGAUGGCGUUAAUCCUGUUCCCAGAAAUGAUAUGACACAGAUAUGUGGAGCAAAUGAAAGGUUUCAACCUCCAGUUCUCUUGUUUAGUGAUGAAGGCCCAGGAACAUUAAUUGUAAAAAUAGAUGAGACCACAAUCAGAUCGCAAAUAAUGGCCUACUUCAGUUUUACUUCUGCCAAAGGUAAUCACGGAGCUGGAUUUCAGCCAUCUGGAGGAAGAAAAUUAGAAAACACUGAAUGUGAUUGGGCGUACGAUGACUUACUGUGUCAAGCUGAUCAAAGCACUUGUACACUAGGCAGCCCAGGCUUUCCAGGAAUCUAUCAACCAAACAGAAGGUGUUAUUAUUACUUGACAACAUCUUCACCUUACACAUCUAUCGAUAUUGAAUUUAAAGUAGUGCACCUUCCUCAUGGGCAAUGUGAAACAGAUUUUAUUAAAGUCCAUAAUGGUUCCACUUCUUCCAGCCCACUAAUUGCAACGCUUUGUGGUAACAAAAGACAAAGAAUUGUCAGUAAUAAUGGAAUAUUAAUCGAAUUCAGCUCAGGACUGCCAGUUCACCCAUUCGAUUACAAUGGCUUUGUAGCAUCUGUUAAUUUCUUUAAUACAACAGCAUCUAUAAAAACAUCAGAAGCUCCAGUAACAAUUGCACAACAUCCAACUUUCUCAGAAGAACGUGAUAAUAAAAAGACUGAGGCUUCAGCAAUUACAUUUUAUGGAAAUGUAUCAAGAAGUGGCCAUUUUGAUUCUAGAAGUCACCAGUGUGGGCAUAAUUGUUCCUUCUUCUUUAUUGGAAAGCCUAACGAUGUUAUACAUUUAACCUUGUUAAAUUAUCAUUUAAGAGUUCCUUCAUGCCAGACCACACUAGAAAUUUAUGAUGGAAUGCAAAUGUCUAUGAGCCUACCAAUGAAGGUCAUUUGUAGUCCUAUAAAAAAACAUUCACGGGAAUCUUCUGGAAGUUUACAACUUCAGGAUACAUUUCUUUCAACAAAGAAUACAAUGAGCUUGUUUCUGAAGCGUUCUCAAAUUUCUUCCCAUUCAGAAUCAGAGUUUGUAGAUGGAGCUUUCCUAUUCCACAACGAACAUGUUGAUGGGACUUUACAGCCAGAUACAGUUUGCGAUGUUGGAUUUUAUGGGCUAUCAAGUAAUACGGUUGGUGAGAUAAGAAAUCCUGGAUUACAACAUUUGUUUUGGAAUUCACCCUCUCCAAUCAGAUGUGUACAAAAUUUUGUUCCUGCCACAAAUCAAAGCAUCACUCUUAAAAUAGUUUCUUUAAAUAAAUUACCUCUAGAUAAAAAGUGUCAGACUGCCUGUGGUGAUAGUGGUUGCCGUUGCUUGCCAACUGAUGGAGAUUUAAAGACUGUUAAUCAUUUAAUACUUUCCUCUAAAGAUAAUGACUUAUCUUGUCUAUGCGGUGAUUUCCAACAAGAAUGGUUGCCAGUUGGUAUUAGAAGUUGGUCCCCAACAAGUAUAAUCUACUCUGUCGCACACAGUGUAUGGAAUAAAGGUUUUCAUUAUCAAGCAGAAUUCACAUUUCAUUCAGAUAUUUCCUGCGGCCAUCAAAUAUUAAACCAACAUUCAGGUCAUAUAACAUCAGUUGAACUAGAAGAAAGUACACAACUAAAUUAUUACUACUUUCAAAGUUGUACCUGGGUGUUAGAUUCAAAUGUCUUAAGGCAACUUACUGUUGAAAUCGAAAGUGACCAAAACCGUCCUUGUACAUCUUGGAACAUCACACUCCAUGAGUAUGGAAAAAGAAAUCCUGACAAAACUGGAAAAUUGCUUUAUACAUUCUGCCCAAGGAGCAGAAACAAGACAUAUGCACUACCAUGGGAAACAAAUAUUAUAGUUAUCAGAUUGAAUGCAAUGACACGAACUCUCCCAAGCUUCACAUUCAGAUGGAGAUCACAAAUUACUAGAAGUAACACACGUGCCUCUGGUGUUGUACCUGCUCAAUCCUCAAGAGCCACUGUUAUUUCAUUGGCUAAAGUUUUAAUAAUUGUAACAUUUUGGUUACUUAUAGUAACAUUAUAG